GUAUGUGCUUUAAGACGGGAAUGCCCUUUUAUAACAUGAGUUUUUCAAUCAAUAUAUUUAAUUUUUUAAAAUAAAUGUUGUAUAGAUACACAAUGGAAUACUAUUCAGCCUUAAAAGGUGGUAAGUUUCAUCAUUCGAAUCAAUAUAGAUAAAUUUAGAAGACAGCAUACUAGAUGGAAUAAUCCUGACACAGAAAGACAAAUACUACAUGAUCUCAUAUACAUAGGAAAAAAGUUUAACUCGGGGUGCAAAGCGAGCUGGUGGAUCCAUAAAGAAUCCAGCCAACCCGCAGAGGGAGGGGAGGGGCUGAGCUGUGAGGACAGCGGGGCCCAACAACCACAUCUACGCGGGAGUCCUUUAACCCGGAAAGUUACGAAUUGGACAAAAGCUUCCAGCUAACCAGAUUCACUGAACUGAAGGGCACAGGCUACAAAGUGCCCCAAGAUGUCCUGCAAAAAUUGCUGGAAUCUUUACAGGAGAACCACUUCCAAGAAGAUGAGCAGUUUCUGGGAGUCUUUAUGCCAAGGCUUGGCAUUGGAAUGGAUACUUAUGUCAUUCCUUUGAGACGCGGUGGGCUUUCCUUGGUUCAAACCACAGAUUACAUUUACCCAAUCGUAGACGACUCUUACAUGACAGGCAGGAUAGCAUGUGCCAAUGUUCUCAGUGACCUCUACGCAAUGGGGGUCACAAAAUGUGACAAUAUGCUGAUGCUCCUUGGAGUCAGUAAUAAAAUGACCAACAGGGAAAUGGAUAAAGUGAUGCCUCUGAUUGUCCAAGGUUUUAAAGACGCAGCUGAGGAGGCAGGAACGUCUGUAAUGGGCGGCCAAACAGUACUAAACCCCUGGAUUGUCCUGGGAAGAGUCACUACCACUGUCUGCCGGCCCAUUGAAUUUAUCAGGCCAGAUGAUGCAGUGCCAGGGGAUGUGCUGGUGUUGACAAAACCGCUGGGGACACAGGUGGCAGUGGCUGUGCACCACUGGCUGGAUAUUCCUAAGAAAUGGAAUAAUAUUAAACUAGUGGUCACCCAAGAUGUAGAGCUGGCCUACAAGGAGGCGAUGAUGAACAUGGCGAGGCUCAACAGGACAAGUGGCCUUCUGAUCUGUUUACCACGUGAACAAGCAGCUCAGUUCUGUGCAGAGAUAAAGUCCCCCAAAUAUGGUGAAGACCACCAAGCAUGGAUUAUUGGGAUUGUAGAGAAGGGCAACCACACAGCCAGAAUCAUAGACAAACCCCUGAUCAUCGAGAUUGCACCACAAGUGGCCACUCAAAAUGUGAAUCCCACACCCGGGGCCACCUCUUAAUCUAAACAGAAAUAGCUGUUUGGUUUUGUUUUUAAAUAGAUCUAUUUCCUUUAUCAUCACUUCAAUUAAAGACUAUAAGCAACAAAAAUCUCAUUGUAUCUACACAUCAGGUGACCUUAGGUCAGUUUGUAAGUGGAUACAAUUAAUAAAAUAAAAUCCAUGCCUUUUUUUCCUGUCACAUUAACUGAAGAUGCACCUAAUCUUGAGGCAGCUUCUGAGUUGAGAAUUAUAUUGUUAUCUAAUACUAUUGAUUCAUUUUUGAAUCUUUAGACACUUAUCUUUUGCCGCAUAGGCUCUUUUUAAAGGUGCUUCCACAUAGCACAGACAUUACCAGUAGUCAUGUCAAAUAGCAGUUGCUGUCUUCAUUUUAUGUAUAUUUAUCAUGUAAGUCUGAUUUUUUAAGCGUCUCGAAUGGUUUUCUGGAGAGACAGCAUUGGUCAGUGGCACAUGACGGCAUCCCAGUCAUAAGAGGGUUGAAUGAUUCCUUUGAUUUGAAAAGCCUAGUCUUCUCUCAAGAGCAUCUCGGACCCAGAACAUUCUCCAGUAGUGCAUUCAGUUCAACACGGCAAGUGCUUCACUGCUUGGAAAACACUUUGAAGACAAAAAAGAAAUCUUAUUUCUUUUUUUGGAGGCUUCCUGACAUUUACAGUAAUACCAUUAACUGUUUUCUUUACCGAUAGCAAAAAAAGGAUACUUUUUGCAAUGUAAUUAGAUGUUUUAUAGUGCUACAAGGAAUUGCCUUCCAAAUGGAGGUUGAUGUAUAAUACUCAUUUACAAUUCAAUAUAUAAUUACGCAAAUAAUUUUUAAAUAUAAUCAAUAAUAAAGACUGUUCUGUGGAUGGUAGUGUUUAAUACAUUUUAUAUUUUGUAUAGUGAUUUCAGGCCUUUUGUUUUCUUAAAAUCAGCAGCUAUUUAGCAUAAUUCUUAGCAUUAUUUUGUCCU